AUGCCAUCCGGUGACUUCCCAACCGCUUCCGCUGUCAAGAAGAGCAGUUUACACGCGACGUGGCACACUGCAGCGGAAAAAAUCGUGGCAGCCGACUUCCUACUGAUCGCAACAGGCGCUGGAUUUUCGGCCGACUCGUCUUUGCCCGUUUACGCGGACAUUGCUAAAGUGGACGCUUACGACAAAAUGGGCGUGGAAUACCACGAUCUCUGUGAUCCGUUCAUGCUCGAGCAAGACGAAGACCUUUUCUAUGGCUUUUGGGGCAGCUGUACGAAUUCGUACCGAGAUGCGAAACACCAUCGAGGAUACGAGAUUCUGCUCAAGUGGAGAGACGCUGUUCGAACAAAAGGCCGAACUGACCGAGCGAGCAAUCUGGUUGAAAAGCGAACCAAGUUUCGAGCCGCUUUUGACCGACUGAGCCAGUGUGGAGCUCUUCCAGCUGGUGUGACGUCCGAGUCCGUGACGAACGACCCCUUCUUUGUCUACACGUCGAAUGUGGACUCGCACUGGACGCGAGAUUUCGAAACAAACGAAGUGUAUGAGCUGCACGGCAACGUGGAGACGUGGCAGUGUGCAGGUGAUGUCGAGACCAGCGCUCGAGAGCCGUGCAAAACGACCUGGACGCUGCCUGUCGACUUCCGCUUUGAUCUGGAUGCGACAACGAUGAGAGCGCCUGGCGCAGCGGCAACGACUUGUCCUGAGUGCGGGGGCAAAGGACGUCCAAACGUACUGAUGUUCCGCGAUCGCCAAUGGAUUGCAAACGUGUCGGAAGAGAACCGCUACAUUGCAUGGGAAUCAGUGAUGGAGCUCAUACUUCAAGAAGACCCUUUGCUGAACCUGGUCGUGCUCGAAAUAGGCUGCGGAACACGGGUUCCAUCUGUCCGGAGAGAAACCGAAAUGGUCGUUGCAGAUGUGAUAGAGGGCUGCGGUCGUCCGCAAGCGACACUCAUUCGAGUCAACCCUGACAAUGCUUCUUGCACCAACCCGCUUAUUGUUGCGAGCAAGUGUUUCCUCUCCAUCCCGUCCAGAGGCCUAGAAGCUUUAGAAGCCAUUGACCGAGAGCUCAGUAAUUUACAGCAGCAGAAAACCUGCGGGAGUGAACGAAGCUGGACCACGGCGGACUUUUGA